CUAAGUGCGUAUUUUAUUGGAUUUAUGUGCUAAUUAAAUGUAGAUAUAGAGUUCAAUCGAAAUUAUUUUAGGACUAUCAGCCCUGGUAUUUAGUGUCUGAGCGGCGCCGGAGUGUCGCCGACACUUGUUGCUGUGUCAGAUCACCCCUCCCAUCAACACAGCUUCCAUGUCCUUAUUACAUCGCUCUGUUUUCCAGCUACGCUUUUUAUAUUUAUAUUCCAUCUUUACAUUACAUUACACUACAGACAGUAAGGCAGUAUAUGGUAUUUUUUAUUAUAUUAAAUAUCUACUUAGUUCGAACUUUUUUAAUAAAAUACCUAAAGACUCGGAUUAAAAGUAAAUUCAAAAUACUACAAAAUUUUAUCAAAAUUUAACGGCAUUUCCGGCAUUUCCUAUGAAGAUAAAAUGCAUGAGAUGAAACACGUGCGUCAAGAAUCGCAACCUAAUUCAGGUCUGUACAAUUAUCUGAUAGGGCGGUAGCAAAAUAUGCCACAUAUUUAACAAGUUCGGUUUAUACUUGAAAAGUUCCCUUAUUGUUCCUCCCUGUCCUUGAGCCACAGCGUGACACUGCGUCGCUCUGUGCUUCACAUGAUGCGAUCUCCGGGGCCGACAGAACGAAGACUUCAGUCUAUAAGCGACCACAAGUCGACCAUGUCUUGAACUUUACAAGUCCUUUGUACAAUUAAUGUAAUUUAGUUUAAGUGUUUUUUUGUAAUAAUGAAUUUUUCGAAUUUCUAAUGCUUUGUGGUCCUAAAUGGAGGGUUACUCAAAAACAUAUUCCAGGCUGCAACUGUUUAAAGCAGCUUGAGUCGCGCAGGUGAGGCGCCAUGGGAGCGCCGCGCGGAGCCCGCCCUCCGAGCCACGUCGCGUACUACGUGGCGCUGGCGGGCAUCCUCGGCCUCCUCAUCCUACUGUGUUUCUACUUCUUCUAUUAUUUUGUCAGAAAAGUUAAAGAGCUAUCCUCGCAGGAGAGUCCUUCCCCGACGCCGACCGCCCCCCGCGCCCCGGCCGCUCCUGCUUCGUACCCAGUACAACCAGUAGUACGCGAGGGCGCCACAGCCAUGGCGAAGCUGUGCAAGCAGCUCCCGACCCAGGGCGGCAAGGGGGACACCGUGUUCCCCACUUCCACGUCCCCCGCCGCGCACCAGGGGGACAUGGGGGCCGGGGGAGGCGCAGGUGACGUCACUGUGGGGGCGGGGGAAGGGGCUGCCGUCGAAGAGAAGCUUGGUCCCGCACCGGCCUCAGGGGCGGUUGAAGCACUCACCGUCAGAUAAAGGCUGUGUUAUGAUUGUAUUGGCGGACAUGUUGUUUGAGGGUUUUUGAGUUGGUACUUGUAGUUUUUGUUUUUGUCAAUGACAGUAUGGGUCUGGAGUGUGUUCACCAGUGCUCACGCUAGCGCCGUAUUUAGCGUUAACUGCGACUUCGGAUAACAAAUCCACAGAGAAUAGCGACCCGGACUGCCAGUGCGGGGGUCAGGGAGGGACAACGACGUGUAUGACAUGUGGUUAAUUUCUAAUCGGCCGCUGAUAAGAAAAUUGUUUUAAUUAAAGUGUACAUGAAACGUUAGGCAGCGGCUUGGCUCUGCCUCUGGCAUUGCUGACGUCCAUAAGCGACGGUGACCACUCACCAUCAGAUGGGCCGAAUGCUCGUCUGCCUACAAGGGCAAUAAAUAAAAAAAGGACCGUCCAUUAACUUGGAACUAAAGUGUUCCAGACUCAAUGUAUAGUGAGCCGUCCACUUGCUUGGGUUUUGGCGAGUGUGAGACAUUUCGAUUUGUUGUUGUGUCCUGUGUCCACUAACCUCUUUACUUCGUUACUCUCCUUGCAUUAUGUUUCAUAUAUAUAAUGUGUUUGUUCUCAAGUAAGUUUUGUCACUAGCAUCUUGAAAAAAAUCCUAGAGUUGCAAUAAAUAGAUAGUUAAAAAAAACAGUGCUCCAGAAGUUAUUGUUAGUGUAAUUGAAGAUCACAUUGCACCUACAAAUAAGCGCGAUGUUGCUUGUGGAAAGACACCAAAGUCCACAGACACUACGGGAUUGUCGUCCUUGUUCGUGAUGCAGACAUACAUACAUAAUUAUGUGUGUAUAAAUAUAUAUACAACGAUAAAGUAUAAUGUAAAAAUUCAACAAUGAAUUUUUAAUGAAAUGUUUCGUGCCUGCCGGAAUUAGACAUAAUACUUAUUGGUAAAAAAUAAGGUAAUUGUAUUAUAAAUAUAGCUUUAUAAUUGUAAUUUGUUAUAAAUACCUAGUUAAAUGUGAACAUCAAAUAAUUUAAAUUUUAUUGUAACGAAACUAAGCCGUACUGUGUGCUCAGUGCGAGCUUUUUAACGUUCUCGAUAGCGUAAAAGUUAACAGUUGGAAAGUUUCCUUACAUGUUCCGCUAGGGGCGAUGUUACGUUAAAAAACUCGCACUAACACAAUAAUGAUUGAACUUAACGAAGACAACGCGGCUGCUUUCUGGAGGGAACGAAUUACAAUAGCACAAGGUGUAUCAAAAACCCUGACUUCUGAAAACUUCUGAUGCAAAAGGGGCAGACUGUGCUCAUGUGAAGUCACGGCAUCAUUCAAAGGCGUCUCUAGCCCAGGCCCGUGUGCUCUGCACUCAUUGUUAGCCUUGAGCCCUCUUCUAGUGCGCGGGCCCUAAUGUUAUGUCAAUGUUAAUUGUAAGUUUAUAGAAGUCAAAGGGCCAAACGAGUACGUACACAUGCCUUUGAGAUACGCCGCGUUCAUUCAAAUCAACUUGAAAUUUAUUUUUAUGGCAAUUAGCCGAAUUCGCAAAGAUUGUCAGCUUACUUUCAAACAAAACAAAGUUGGUAGUGAUGCGACACUCACUACUACACCAAUGUAAUUUUUAAUUAUAUCUGUUUAUUUUAAUGUGGAAACAAAUGUCUGUAUGUAAGAACGUGGCGUACCGUACUUUCCUGUAACUUGACACAUACAGGAAGAAACCCUAAUGCCAUUGUAAAAUAUGUACACAUCGGAGCUCUUUUUACGUUUGAUUAUGUUAUAACGGGCGGCGUCAUAGCCCUGGCGCAGGUUCAUUGGUAGUGUAGAGCCGCUGCGCCCCCUUCCUGCAUGAAGGGUAAAGCCGUCUCUAGCACCAUUUGCGCUACGAAGAAAGCAAGAUAAAGAGAGAAAUAUAACCGAAAUUAAAACGCAAUUUUUUGCGACUGUUUGUGCUAAAUCUGUUCUCGUAUGUCAUGCGUGUUUGGGUAGGGUUAAAUAAAAUAUUAUAAGCCCCCUUUUAAUCACGUUGGAUGGUAGAUGAUAACGGCUGUGUCCCGUCCGCGUGAAGCUGGCAUAGCCCCUAAGGCUACUAGCGAAUAUAUAGGGAAUAAAAACACAGGUCUAUUGGACCACACAGGAACAUCGUCAUCGGCAUAUUGUUGAGAUGUUCUCCAUUUUUAAGGACUUUUUAAGCCACGUUUGAAGUAAGACAUCUCAUGGCGCUGAGAAGCCUGGAGGGAUUAAUUCCAGAGCCGCGUAUGAGAAAGGUAAAGAUAUCGAUGAAGGACACAGGACGGGUUCCGCGGCUCUGGGUGGAUGCCGGGGUGUACAACGUUCAAGCCGGUUGCUCGUUUGCCAAUGUCCGAUUACUAUAAACAAUAGUGUUAAAAGACUAGUAGAUUUCACCAAAUCAAGUUCAUUUUAACAUGCUUUUCACACAACCGACCAAUCCCAUAACUAUUAAAAUAAUGAGUAUUUUGUAUAAAUAAGAAAGUAUAUGAACGUUUGUAUUGAAUGUCGCUUCAAGUAAGUGUUAGCUGUACGCGUCCUGCGCUGUGCUCGGGUUUGUCUUUAAUACACAUGUUCUUGAAUA